AUGGAGUCAACUCCAAAGUUGCAGUUGAAGCUGGUGAUCGACAAGAGCAAGCAGAGAAUGGUUUUUGCGGAAGCAGGAAAGGAUUUUGUGGACUUCCUCUUCCACGUCCACACCUUGCCGAUUGCAACUCUCACGCACAUACUUGCCGGGAAAGCUGACUCCGUGGACGGCAGCUUAGGCAAUCUUAACAAGAGCAUUGAGGACUUGCAGGAUGUGCACUUCAUGAUGCCCGACCACAAGCAGAACCUCUUGAAGCCCAGGUUCCCCUACCCGUUUCAUCAUCUUCAUCAUUGUGCUCAUAAGUACGGUAUAAAGGUCACUGACGGCUCUUCUCUGACAUGUCCUGGAGUGGAUUUCAUUGAAGUGCCAGCCGGGGAGACUGGUUACGUGAAAGAGCUGGUGAAGUAUGUGGUGAUGGACGAUCUGGUGGUGAAGCCAAUGACUAUUGGCUCGUGCAUCGCCAUGUUGAAGGACAAGGCUGUGAUGAUUGAGGACAAGUUUGUUAAUUUUGGGAUGGACGAGGGAAAAUUGCUGCUGGAGGCAUCAUUACAGUCCAAGACAGUUCUAACCGAUGUCUUCCUUGGCAAGAAACGCCAAAAUGAUGUUGCUACAAUCACUCCCAUGUUUUACAGAUCCUCGCUUCUCUGGAGCAAUGCAGUAAUAACCGAGGAAUUUGAAUGCUGCCCUAUAAUUAUUUACUAAUCAUGUAAUUGUUGCACUU